GUAUAUAACAGACACAUAUUGUGUUACAAACGAAACAAGUCAAGCAAGUAAUAACAAUUAAACAAAAAUGGCUUCCAAAACCAAAACCUCUCCAUUACUGCUAUUCUUUGUCCUCUGUUUUCUAUUUAAUCUCCGACUCUCCGCCGCUCAAACCGUCGUCAAAGGAUCAUACUGGUUCUAUGGCACCGAGUUUGAGGUUUCAAACAUUAACUCGUCUCUUUUCACCCACCUUUUCUGUGCUUUUGCCGACCUCAAUUCCACCACAUACCGAGUCACCAUUCCCAACUCGGUUUCAACUCAGUUCUCCACAUUCACCACAACUGUCCAACGAAAGAACCCUUCCGUGAAAACCCUUUUGUCCAUAGGUGGAGGGGGAGCCAGUGCCUCUGUCUUCGCUGCCAUGGCAAGUCAACCAAGUCGCCGGAACUCGUUCAUCGACUCGUCCAUAAAGCUAGCCAGGAGUUAUAACUUCCAUGGCCUCGACCUCGACUGGGAGUACCCCUCGACUGCGACGGAGAUCGCCAACUUCGGAAAACUUCUCCUCGAGUGGAAAGCAGCCGUCGCCAACGAGUCCCGGACGUCCGGCAAGUCUCAAUUACAUUUAUCGGCGGCGGUUUUCCGGGCACCGAACUACUAUUCACUAGAUUUGCCUGUUCGAAAUAUAUCAAACAGUUUGGAUUGGAUAAACGUAAUGAGUUACGAUUUCUACGGUCCCGGCUGGUCGCCGAACUAUACAGCGCCGCCGUCCGGUCUGUACAACGCGACGGCGAGUCAGGCCAACGGCGCUGCAGGAAUCAGAAAUUGGAUUCAGGCGGAAUUUCCAGCGAGAAAGAUAGUCUUUGGGAUGCCGUUUUACGGCUACGCUUGGCGUUUGGUGAACGCUAAUAACAAUGGACUUUUUUCUCCGGCAAACGGAGCCGCCCUAUCGACGUCCGGGGACAUAGGCUAUAAUGGGAUAAGGAGCUUUAUAAGCUCUAAUGGAGCUCGGUGUGUUUACAACGCGACGGUGGUGAGUGAUUAUUGCUAUUCCGGGACGACUUGGAUUGGUUACGAUGAUGUAAAGAGUGUCUCUACCAAAGUUGCCUAUGCUAAGAGCCAAGGAUUGCUUGGCUAUUUUUCUUGGAACGUUGGAUCUGAUUACAAUUGGACUCUUUCCCAAACAGCUUUUAGUACAUGGGGAGCCUAGGGGAUUUGGAGUUUUGAGCUUCGGGUUGCUGAGAGGCACUAUUGCCCUUAUAUUAUUAUACAACUAUUAAUAAAUUUGCCGAACUUAAUAGUACGGUUUACCUAUAUAUAUAUAUGUAUACACAUGAUACAUUUAUAAUUCUAUCAAUCAUUAAUAUAUAGCUACACUAAGUGAAUCUUACUAUAGAAUAA